CUGUCAAAACGGAGAAAUUCCAACUUGUCGGUGCUACCCUAUCUCCGACGUCCGCUGGCCGGUGUUUCAUUUGUUCUUCGAAUACAUUUAUUACCAGAUUCUGAACAUUCUUCUUAGAACCGUAACAUAUGCAAAGAAUAUCAGAAACAACAAAGAAUUAUUUAUAUCAAUAUACAUCAUCAAUAGAUGUCUUCUUUUCAAGUCUAAAUGGAAAUUUUACACAGAACAGAUACAAUACUGUUUAUAUAAAGCUAAGAUGGACUACAGAUAAAUAUUUCUCUGGAACUGUUGUCAUACCAACUCUUGUUUACUUCACUGCUUUGAUUGUUUGCCCACUGAUCUUGCAUUACACUUUCACUUUUCCACUGUGUAAGAUGAUUUUACAUAGUUCUUAAACUUGGAAGAAUUUUCAAAGAAAUUUACAGCAUUCUCAGAUCACACUUGAUGAAAAUAUAGUAGUAAUAUUUAUUAGGAAUAAAGUAUAUUGUGGUAAGAAAAGGAAAAUUAUGGAAAAGGAAUUAAGUGAGAACAUGGCUAAAUGUGAGACACAGACCAAAAGGAUUGAUUUUCCUGAUGGUGAAAAGAAUGAGAAAGGGAAAACCUCAUACAAUUGUGAUAUCUGUGGCACAUCAUUCUCUCGAAAUAGCAGCUUAGCCAAUCAUAAAUGUAUUCAUACAGGAGAGAAACCAUAUCAGUGUGAUAUCUGUGAUAAAUCAUUCUCUCUGAAAGGUAACCUAAUAACUCAUCAACGUAUCCAUACAGGAGAGAGGCCAUAUCACUGUGAUGUCUGUGGCAAAUCAUUCUCUCAAAGUGUUCACUUAACAAAACACAUACGCAUUCACACAGGGGAAAAGCCGUAUUUCUGUGACGUCUGUGGUAAAUCAUUCUCCGAGAAUGGUACCUUAACUAGACAUAAACGUAUUCAUACAGUAAAGAAACCAUAUCAAUGUGAUAUCUGCAAGAAAUCAUUCUCUGAUGGAAUCCGUUUCACUAAACACAAGCGCAUUCAUACAGGAGAGAAACAAUAUCACUGUGAUAUCUGUGGUAAAUCAUUCUCUCGUAGAUAUACUCUAAUGAGCCAUAAUCAUAUUCAUACAGGAGAGAAACCAUAUCACUGUGACAUCUGUGGUAAAUCUUUUUCCCUUGGACGUGUUUUAACUACUCACAAGCGCAUUCAUACAGGAGAGAAGCCAUAUCGUUGUGAUAUCUGUGAUAAAUCAUUCUCUGAAGCUGGUCACUUAACAAGACACAAACGCAUUCAUACAGGACUGAAGCUAUAUCACUGUGAUACCUGUGAUAAAUCGUUCUCCCAAAAAGAUAACUUAAUUACUCACCAACGUAUUCAUACAGGAGAGAAACCAUAUCACUGUGAUAUCUGUGGUAAUUCAUUCUCGCAUAGAUAUUCCCUAACUAUUCACAAACAUCUUCAUACAGGAGAGAAACCAUAUCAUUGUGAUGUCUGUGGUAAUUCGUUUUCUUAUGGGCAUACUUUAGCUACUCACAAACACAUCCACACUGGAGAGAAACCAUAUCACUGUGGUGUCUGUGGUAAAUCAUUCUCGGAAAGUAGUUACUUAACUAAACACAAGCGCAUUCAUACAGGAGAGAAACGAUAUCACUGUGACGUCUGUGGUAAAUCCUUCUCUCAAAAACAUAACUUAGUCACUCACAAACGAAUUCAUACUGGAGAAAAACCAUAUCACUGUGAAAUCUGUGGUAAAUCCUUUUCUGGACGCGUUUACUUAACUAAACAUAAGCGCACACAUACAGGAAGGAAACCUUAUCACUGUGAUGUCUGUGGUGAAUCAUUUUCUCAAAAACGUCAAUUGAGUGAACAUGCUUCUACUCAUACAGAACAGUAACUUUAUUGAAAUAUAGAGACAUAGUAUGUACAGUGUAACAAGCACUGCAUGUAUAACUCUACUUUUUCUUGAUCUUAUUAUGACCCUACAUUUUGCUGAAUAAAUUGUUUCUGUUUUAUUGUUCAUCGGUGUAAUCAAUAGUUUUAUCACCAAUGGAUAAUGUCUCAUUGGAAUAGUCUAGAAACUUUAUGAAUACCCAUUACAAGUACCCUACAUAAUAUUUGUAUCUUUUAUGCUCUCAAAUAUGCUAACUUCUUUCUUAGUGUUUUGAAUAUAUUUAAACAGGAAAAUUCUCAACUAAAAAGAAUAUGAAGGAAGGAUUUAAUUAAAAAGAAUUGAUGAUGGUGCAACAUUAAAAUUACUGGUGAUGUACCAUGAAAAAAAGCACUGGUGUUGGGAGUCAUGUAAAAAGCACCCAGUACAUUCUGAAAAGUAGUUGGUGUUAUGAAGGGCAUCCAACUGUAGAAACCAAGCUAAAACAGACUGUGGAACCUGGUGACUUGACAGGUGCCUUGCCAGCUCCUGUCAAGCUGUCCACCCCUGCCAGCAUGGAAAAUGGACACGCAACAAUGAUGAUGAUCAAUAUUGAUACAUUGGAGUAGACACACGACUUCAUCAGUCAUGAAUGACCAUGGGUGCACCUAAGAGGUUCCCCUCCAGGGUACAAGUCUGGGCGGAAAGUCCCCUCACCGGCAAACACACAACCUAGGGUUGUUUUUAUGGAACACUCGCAGUUGCCCAUGCAUACCAGCCUCCCCUCUCCACGCCACCAAUGUUAUCCAAGGGAAAGGCAAAGGAGCCAAUACAGCUUCACACCAGUGACGUCACAGCUCAUUUCUACAGCUGAGUGAACUGGAGCAAUGUGAAAUCAAGUGUCUUGCUCAAGAACACAACAUGCUGCCCAGUCCG